AUGUCCCCAGGUCAAAAUCCGCAACAACAGUACGGAAACAAUAGCUACAACACAAUGGCACAGAACGGACAAGCACCAGCGAACAGGAAUCCUUUUCAGCAAUAUAGCUCGGGUCGACCAUCAGCAGGCAACAACAACAUGUUCGGCGGGGGAAUGCGAAUGGCAGUGGAUUCACGAACGGCGUACGCGCCACCACCUAGAGAUGACACUCCUCUACAAGAUGGAACUCCUCUAAGUUCGACCAACUUGUACAUACGAGGCCUUAGUCCAAGCACAACCGAUGAAGAUCUCAGAAAGAUGUGUCAGCAGUAUGGGACAAUAACUUCUACUAAAGUGAGUAUUUUCUAAAG